AUGCACCUCGCACACGCCCCCACCAUCCUCCUCCCCCUACUCUCUCUCACCCACCUAACAACCGCCACCUCAAAGCCCAAAAACGCGAUCCUCCUCUCCGACGUCCAAUCCCUAACCCUACGCGGCAACAACGCCCAAACAACCCACCGGCGCGCCGCCGCAAUACCGCAACUCCGUUGCAUUUCCUCUCCCGCAAUAUGUCGCCUCCACGAACUCGACAUAAUGCGCUGUACAAACCAAGGCUCCGGGUACGACAGCGAAGACAUCCAAUGGUCAUGCGCGGCCUCCCUCCCUCCCGAGCUGAAACUCGGCAGCACCGACGUAGCCUGUGAGGGGUACUCCGGACCCAAUGAUCCGUAUAUACUCAAAGGAAGUUGCGGCGCUGAAUAUCGACUUAUCCUAACCGAGGAAGGCGAGAAGCGGUUCCCGGAUCUCGCGAAGGGAGGUGGGGGUUGGGGUGGAAGUGGCGAAGAGGGACUUGACUGGAGUGCUAUUAUUUUCGGUGUCAUAUUCGCACUCGUCUGUAUGUGGAUCGUGUAUAGCGCAUGCCUUGCUCCCAACCAGAACGGCGGUAGACGGCCUCCUGUCGUCCAGCGGAGACCGAGGAAUAACUGGGAUGGCGGAGGCGGUGGUGGGUUUGACCCUGGUUUUGGACCUGGGGGAGGAGGUGGUGGUGGUAGUUGGGACGACCCUCCACCGCCUUACCCAGGACCUAAAUCCUCGUCAUCGCAAAGCCAGGGUUGGCGUCCAGGAUUUUGGAGCGGGUUGGCGGGUGGAACAGCCGCAGGAUAUAUGGCAGGUAACAUGGCUGGCAACCGACAACGUAACGAUUACGGUUGGGGAGCAGGUCCAUCUUCUGCACCAUCCUUCAACCGGUCGAAUUCGCGUUCGACGUCCUCUGCAAGAUACGAGAGUACCGGGUUCGGAUCGACGAGCCGCAGGUGA